AUGAAUACCACUAACCAAACCACGAUGAUCAUGGAACCCAACUCACAUCAUGAUCCAUCAACAAGUGCCUCAAACUAUAGCUACAUCUACCAAAUGAUCAUCUCAUUCACUCUAAUCUCAAUCCAAGCAUCAACCCUACACCCAACCUUCAUCAAAUCAAACUUAUCAAAAUACAUAAGAAUAAGUUUAACACCCAUCAAUUUCUAUUUAUUUUUUACAUCACCUUUUAGAUCGAAUUCUAGAUUACCUAGCAGUUUUGAUACAUUUCAAAAAUUAGGUUUCGGUUCUAAUUCGAUUAUAUUUGCUAUUAAAUCAUUAGAAUUUGGGUUUUCUAAAAAAUCUUAUUAUGUUAGAAAAAUUGAAAAGAAUGAAAAGGAUGGAAGUUUGGAAUGGAAUCAGGUUAAAGAUUUAGAUAGGUUAAAGGAUUUGAAAAAGGCUCAGGAAGAAGAAGGUCCGGUUGGGUUUACUAAGUUGGUUUGGUGGACGAUUUUAAAUUUAACUUCGUUCAGAGGAUUGCAAUUUACUUUUGGACCCACUGCAAAAGCCAACAAUUACACAAUCCAAGAGUUGUUCAAAAGGUUAAUAAAAGUCUCCAUCGCAUUACUUAUCUCAGGUUUAAUUAUCCUACAAACCCAUCGUUCUCCCCUACAAACACCCAUGUCAGCCUUAACUUCAUACGGAAUUCCAAACAUAUGGAUCAUAAGUUUAAUUUCAGAAUGGAUCCAUAGAAUAAGUUUUGGAAUCUGUUUAUCAAGUUCCAUAGAUUUACAAUUCACAUCCUUAACGAUCUCAUUUCAUUUCAUACACAAAUUCUUGACCCGAUUUCCAAAUUAUUUUUCAUCCGAUUUCUUAGAAUUAAUUAAUCCAAUUUAUUAUCCUCCUAUAUUUAAUUCUCCUCAUCUAUCUAAUUCUUUAAACGAUUUAUGGAGUCAUAGAUGGCAUCCAAUCUUAAAAAGAUCUUUUUUAACUUUAGGUGGUAAACCUACUUUUUGGUUUUUUAAUCAAUUCUUAGGAUUGAAUUUUAAACUUUCUCAACUUGCUGGUUUGAUCGGUACUUUUCUUGCAAGUGGAUCUUACAUGAAUAUGCUGUCUGUGCUUUACUACAUCCAGUUAAUCCAUUAG